AUGUUUGGCCCUCCCUCACCGCUAUCAAAAAGCAGGCUUAGAGGGUCGCUUCAGAGCCGAAGGCUCUCACCGCGAGGAUCACCACGACAUCGAUCACCAGCUGGAGAGGGCAAAGUGUCUUUUGGCCUACCAAACGAGGUCGUUUCGCCCCGGUUUCGUUCCAAACCAGCACCAAUCAAGCUGGAGGAGGAGGCCUUUCCACCAGAAAGCUCCAGCCCGAAACGAGCCACAAGCCAGACGCCACCCGCAAAAGAAUGGAAUCCAGAAACAGAAGCAAGAGUACAGGUGUUGUGUGCCUCCCCUGCUAGUGGAGCAGCCACGCCAAGCUUUGCAGUGCUUCCGCCCCACCUGCCAGAUGGUGUUUACCGAAGUAUUUCUGUGGCAUCGACAGUUCAAAGCUCAGAGUCCGUCAUUGUGAAAGAGCCAGGCGAUGACAGCUCGCUUGUUUCCGCAGCGCAUGCAGCCGCGCUUGCAGCGGCUGCAGAGGCGAUGCGCCAGGAAGCGGCCAAGGCAUCCACCGCUCGGCAACAACUCGAGGAUCAGUCUAGGCGGUUGGAGGCCCAGCUUGCGGCCACCAGCCAGAUCCUCCAGCCACUUCUGUCGCCGCACGUUCAGCAAGUAAUACAUACGAAUCAACCUUCGAAACACUUUGCAGUGCCACGCAUCAAUCCCCCCGCGCAGGUGCUGCGGGCAGCGCACGGGUAUGCAGCUCCUAAAGCAUCCGUGAGGAUGGUUCACAGAGUCAGCGUUCCGCCGCGGGUGGUCAACCAGGUGGUCUCGCCAAAGCACGUGAUCUCAUUGCCAGAAGCAGAGCAGGCGAACUGUGGGCCGCAGGAAGAUGUCGACAUGACCCGAGACCAGCAGAUGACCUCGACAUCUUCCUCUGUCGGCGUGCAGACCUCCCCAGCCCAGCCGACCCGUGAAGCGCUUGCGGAGCAGGAAGUCCAGGAUCUGGCGCGCAAGCAGAUUCAGGAGGCGACUGACAUCGCAUCUCGAGAUGUUCAAGGCACACCGAGCCUGAAGGAAGUGAAGGAGGGCCGAGAUCUUCUUCGGCAGGCUAUUGCAAAGGGUAGGGCCGCUGGGCUGCCCGAGGAGGAGUUGGCACGGUCCGAGCAGCACCGACGUCGACUGCACAAUUUGUACCAGGACCUGAAGGGACAACUGCGGGUCUACUGCCGCGUGAGGCCGCUGAAUGCAAAAGAGAAAAGGAUCGGUGACAAGGAAGCAAUGCGCGUAGUUGAUGGCACUACGCUCGAGGUGCGAAGCACUGGUGACAUUUUCGAGUUUGACGGAAUUUUUGGCAGUUCCGAAUCGCAGGCUGAUGUAUUUGAGGAUUGCUCUGAUUUGGCCCAGUCCGCCAUGGACGGCCAAAGUGUGACGGUGUUCUGCUAUGGCAUCACUGGCGCUGGAAAGACCUACACUAUGUAUGGAACUCCAGAAGAGGAUGGGCUAGCUCAAAGGAUGUUUGGCGAGUUAUUUGCGCAGGUGGACACAAUACCUCAGGCAAACGUUACGAUCAUGGGAUCCAUGAUGGAAUUGUACAACAACUAUCUCGUGGAUCUUCUGCGACCAAUAGACUGGCAGGGCCGGCAGAACCCACCCCUGAGCCUGAAGCUGGAUAAGUCAGGCACGGUGCAGGUGGAGGGCCUGGCACGCGAGCCAGCCAAAGAUCCGGAGGAGCUCAAGGCUGUGUUUCAGCGCGGUCUUGAGCAGCGCUCGGUGGCCGAAAAUGCGAUGAAUGCAGAGAGUUCGAGGUCCCAUGUGAUCUUCACAGUCUUUUUGACACAAGACGUUAUUUCUCAGCAAGGUGGCGUAGAGCGCAUCACCAGUAAGUUGCACUUCUGCGACCUGGGUGGUUGUGAACGGUUGAAAAAAACAGAGGUAGAACAGGAUCGAGACCGCCGACUGGAAGCCAUUGAAAUCAACAAAAGCCUUUCAGCUCUUGGAGAUGUGAUCGAGGCAAUUGCGAAGAAGCGGAAGUACAUUCCUUACAGGAACCACAAGCUCACGCAGUUGCUCCAGGAUGCCCUGGGCGGAAACGCAAAAGCCUUGAUGUACGUGAACUGCUCGCCUGCGCAGUCUAGCAUCAAAGAGACGGUGACGGCCUUGAAGCUGGCAAACCGAGCCAAGCGCAUUGUAAAUCAGCCAUGGGAGUCACCCACGUCUCCGCGACGACCCGCCCCUGAGCGCUGA